AUGUCCGAAAACGAGAAAGUAGGGGGUCUCGACCCCGAGAGGAAGGUAGCUGGCGAUGCGCCCAUCGCAGGUGCUGGUGCCGUCGCACCUGUUGAGGAGAGGAAGAAGCGGGAGUACAAGGACAUGGAGGAGAAGCCUACCGGUGACCAGCACGCCCGUGUCGACAUGAAGACUAUUCAAUUCACCGCUACCGACCUUUACGACAAGGACAAGGUCGAUAUCGAGCACGUCGUCAUGGAGGAGGUCUUCCAGCUCCUUCAAUGUACCGAUGAGGGUCUUACCGAUGCCGAGGCUACCAACCGUAUCGGUAUCUUUGGUCCCAACAAGCUUGAGGAGAAGAAGGAGAACGUCCUCCUCCAGUUCCUGUCGUUCAUGUGGAACCCCCUGUCCUGGGUCAUGGAGGGUGCCGCCCUCGUCGCUAUCGCACUUGCCAACGGUGAAGGCGAGCCACCAGAUUGGUACGAUUUCGUCGGUAUUGUCCUCCUUCUUCUCGUCAACUCGACCAUCGGUUUCGUCGAGGAGCGUAACGCCGGUAACGCCGUCAAGGCGCUCAUGGAGUCUCUUGCCCCCAAGGCCCGAGUCAAGCGUGGCGGUGCGUGGAGGGAGAUUGAGUCAUCGGAGCUUGUCCCCGGAGACGUUGUCGCCUUCAAGCACGGUGAUAUCUGCCCGGCCGACUGUCGUUUGGUUGACGCUGUUGAUGUCUCGAUGGACCAGGCCGCCCUUACCGGUGAAUCCCUCCCCCAAGGCAAGAAGCUCGGCGACGAGUGCUUCUCGGGCUCCACCUGUAAGCAGGGAGAGGCCGAGGGUCUCGUCAUCUCUACCGGUCCCAACACCUUCUUCGGUCGUGCCGCCACCCUCGUCGGUCAGGACAACGACCAGACCGGACACUUGCAGAUGGUCCUCGCCCAGAUCGGAUCCUUCUGCCUGGUCUCUAUCGGUACCUUCGUCCUCCUUGAAAUCCUCGUCCUUUACGCCGACUACCGGUACUCUUACCGUCGCGGUCUCAACAACAUCCUCGUCCUCCUCAUUGGUGGUAUCCCCAUUGCCAUGCCCACUGUGCUCUCGGUCACUCUUGCCGUCGGUGCUCAGCAGCUCGCCAAGCACAAGGCCAUCGUCACCCGUAUCACGGCCAUCGAGGAGCUCGCCGGUGUCACCAUCCUCUGUUCGGACAAGACCGGUACCCUUACCACCAACAAGCUCACUAUCGACAAGGAGAACGUCAAGUGCUACUCCAAGUGGGACGUCGAGGGUGUCUGCCUUCUCGCCGCGUACGCCUCGCGUGUCGAGAACCAGGAUGCCAUUGACGGUUGCGUCGUUGGCACCCUGAGCGACCCCAAGCUCGCCCGCGCCGGUAUCGACCUCCUUGACUUCAAGCCCUUCAACCCCGUCGACAAGCGUACCGAGAUCACCUACCGGGACCACGCGGACGGUGGCAAGCUCAAGCGUGCCACCAAGGGUAUGACCGGUAUCAUCAUUGACCUCUGCUCCCGGGACAAGUCAUCGGAGAUGGAGGACCAGCUGGAGCACGACGUGGAGGAGUUUGCCCGUCGUGGUCUCCGCGCUCUUGCCGUUGCCCACGAGGACGUCAUGGGCGACGAGAAGGACUCUCAGGGUAACGGCUUCGAGCUCGUCGGUCUCCUCUCCAUCUUCGACCCCCCACGUUCGGACACCAAGCAGACCAUUGACGACGCCAUGGCGCUCGGUGUCAAGGUCAAGAUGGUUACCGGUGACCAGCUUGCCAUUGCCAAGGAGACCGGUCGUCGUCUUGGUCUCGGUGACCACAUGUACCCUGCCAAGGUUCUCAAGGAGGGUCCUCCCCCAGGCGGCAAGCACCUCACGCUCGACGAGAUGAUCAUGGACGCGGACGGAUUCGCCGGUGUGUUCCCCGAACACAAGUUCGAAAUCGUCAAGCGUAUCCAGGGUCUCGGUCACCUCUGUGCCAUGACUGGUGACGGUGCCAAUGACGCUCCGGCUCUCUCCCGUGCCAACGUCGGUAUCGCCGUCGAAGGUGCCACCGACGCUGCUCGUGGUGCCGCCGACAUCGUCCUCACGGAGCCCGGAUUGUCCACCAUCGUCCACGCCAUUCACGGUUCCCGGGUCAUCUUCCAGCGUAUGCGUAACUACGCCGUCUACGCUUGCGCCGUCACCAUCCGUAUCGUCGUCUGCUUCGCCAUCAUGGCGUUCGUCUGGGAGUUUGACUUCCCGGCGUUCAUGGUCCUUAUCAUUGCGGUCCUCAACGACGGUACCAUCAUGACACUCUCGGUCGACCGUGUGCUUCCCUCGUCCACCCCGGACUCGUGGGAUCUCGCCGAGGUCUUCGCCUACGGUAUCGGCUACGGUAUCUACCUCACCGCCUCCACGGUCGCCCUCUUUGCCGUCAUGCGCCACACCGACUUCUUUGAGCGCCGGUUCGGUGUCGAGCCCCUCGCCAAGGGUGACGACGUCAACGACUGGGGAGGACACAUGGUCAUCUACCUCCAGGUCGCCAUCAUCUCCCAGGCCCUCAUCUUCGUCACCCGUUCGCACGGCCCCUCGUGGACUGAGCGCCCGUCCACCGCCCUCAUGGUCGCCUUCUGUAUCGCUCAGCUCAUCUCGUCCAUCAUUGCCGCUUACGGUAACUGGUGGUUCACCUGGGUCCGAGCUAUUUCCGGUGGCUGGAUUGGAAUUGUCUGGGUUUGGAACAUCAUCUGGUACUUCCCGCUCGACUUGGUCAAGUUCGCCCUCAAGGCCACUAUCAUCAAGUACCUCCAGAAGCGCAAGGCCUCCAAGGCUGCUGCUGCCCCGGCUCUCGACGCCUCCCCCGAGUCCCGCCUCCAGCGCACUGCCUCCCGCCACGAGUCCAUGUACUCGAACCGUACCUCGUUCCUCGGUCGUGCUGCCAACAGGCUCAAGGGCGGUGCCAAGGUCUCGAUGUCCAAGAACGAGCUUUCCAGGUUCUCGUCCAUCCAGGCUCAGCAGUCCGGCGCGGCUCUCCAGCGCGCUUCGUCCAGGGUGUAA